ACAUCCUGUCAUCUUUCCUCUUCCCUAACAGGAUAACCGCAAUGAUUUGGAGUUUAAACCCUGCUGAGCACGCAUGAUUAAAUGACGUCAGGGAUGUGAUGUAGUGAAAAGAUGCUCUGGCUGGUGGAUUGAGCGAGCGCGCAUUCAGAGAUUCACCUCAGCAUCACAAGAUGGGCAACGUUCAACCCACAAUAACUCCCUUUGAGGACUUCGAUGUGGUGGCAGACAUCAAGGCAAUCCGUAAGGCCUGCAAAGGAAUGGGAACGGAUGAAGAGACCAUCAUUUCCAUUCUAGCAAACCGCUCUGCGGUCCAGCGUAUGGAGAUUAAACAAGCCUACUUUGAAAAAUAUGACGAUGAGUUGGAGGAAGUCUUGAAGAAUGAACUCACAGGAAACUUUGAGAAAGCAAUUAUUGCCAUGCUGGACCCACCCCACAUCUUCAUGGCUAAAGAAUUGAGGAGAGCCAUGAAGGGUGCUGGGACAGAUGAGGACGUGCUGGUGGAGAUCCUCUGCACCAGCACCAAUCAGGACAUUUUGCAUUGCAAAGAGGCAUAUAUGCAAGUGCAUGAGCGAGAUCUGGAGGCUGAUAUUGAAGAUGACACUAGUGGAGAUGUGAGGAAUCUUCUAGUUUCUCUCCUACAGGCCAGCAGGGAUGAGUCCUAUGAAGUGGAUGAAGAUCUGGCAGAGCAGGAUGCAACAUCUUUGUUUGAGGCAGGUGAAGGACGCUUCGGAACAGAUGAGUCCACUUUCAGCAACAUCCUCGCUCACAGGAACUACCUACAGCUUCAGGCCACCUUCAAGAUAUAUGAAACUCUCUCUGGAACAGAUAUCCUGGAUGCUAUAGACAGUGAGGCUACAGGAACAUUAAAGGACUGUUACAUCACUCUGGUGCGAUGUGCUAAAAACCCGCAGCUAUAUUUCGCCCGUCGUCUGAACGCUGCCAUGAAAGGGGCUGGGACAGAUGAGGACACGCUCAUACGUAUUAUUGUGGGACGCUCUGAGGUGGAUUUGGAGACCAUCAAAGACAUGUACCUGGAGAAAUAUGAUGUUACCCUAAAGGAUGCCCUGAACUCAGAGUGCGGCGGUGACUUCAAGCGCCUCCUAAUAGAAAUACUUCACUGAGUCACCGUCAGGUGGAGCCAAUAACUAACAAUAACUGCUGAAAGAAUCAUCUUACAACACUGCCUGAAAAUAGAUACUUAGGAUCACCUUUCUGUACAAGGGAGCACAUUUGCUCAUUUUUGUCAUUGGUGCAAUUUAGGAAUUGGGUAAGACGUCAUUAUAAUCACAUGAUUACUGCCAUAACACUUUCUUAUCACUAAAGAGCUGCUCAGUUUGACAGUUUUAGAGUUUUUAUUGCAGUAAAUUUGACUUCUGCAUUAACUACAAACGUGCCUUGAGAAAGUCAUGAGUAACAGCUCAGUAUUCCAUCAUCCGUGAUGAUUCUUUUACAGGACAAACCAUGAUGCACAAAGUGUGAUCCUUCAUUUAAAACUCUAUCUUUUCACAUGGAAUCUUUGUAUCUAUAUACCAGAUAUGUAGGUGUAUGGCUGACGUCUUUAGUACUUACAAAUAUUGUACCAGUUACAUAUUAAUAUUAAAAGCAGCUAGCUUAAGUACUUCAGUCUUUGAUAAUGCUUUUUAUCACUGGGCAUUUAUUUUUUUGAACAGCAGUAUAUUACAGUAUACAGUGGUGACUGUUAAUAUUGUAAAGCAGCACUGUCAACCUGUUAUUGCAAUGCUUCAGAAUAUAUCUGUUUUUAAUAUGAAAAGGACUGUGCUAGAAGAAUUUGAUUAAUAUCAGAGAUAUUACCACUAGUGGCCAAUGAAUAUUAAGUGUGCAUUAUCAAUAAAGCAUGCUGAAUUAGACUAAA